AUGUCAGUUCCAAGAAGAAAACCUUGGGAAGUUUCAUCAGGUACAUCUUCAGCUAGCGUUGAUAAUAUGAGCAUCCCAACAAGUACAGGAACCGCUUCCAGCACUGCUGCUCCAGUAACUGCAAAUACUGCAACAACGGCAACAGGAGACUUUUCAAGUCUGAUCCCUGAUAGACCAACAUCAUUAACAUCAGACUUAUCCAACAUGUCUAAUACAUCUCCAUAUGGUAACAGUAGCUACGGUAGUUACGGUUCAAGGUAUGGCUCGGGAUUAGGGGGAUCUAAUAUGUAUGGAUCAAGUAUGUAUGGUAACAGUUAUGGAGGUUAUGGAUCUAGUAUGUAUGGUAUGGGAGGUUAUGGAUCCAGUAUGUAUGGUAUGGGCGGUUAUGGUUCAAGCAUGUAUGGUAUGGGAGGUUAUGGUUCAGGUAUGAUGGGCCAGCAAGGAAUGAUGGGCCCUGGAGGAUUAGGUGAAGGAACUCAAGCUACAUUCCAAUUAAUUGAAUCAAUUAUUGGAGCCGUUGGAGGAUUUGCUCAAAUGUUGGAAGCUACUUAUAUGGCCACACAUUCAUCAUUCUUUACUAUGGUAUCAUUAGCUGAACAAUUUGGUAACUUAAAGAACGCUUUAGGAUCAAUCUUGGGGAUCUAUGCUUUGAUAAAUUUUACAAAGAAGAUCUUCUAUAAGUUAACAGGACAAAAGUAUAACCAUGGAAUUAAUUUAAAAGAAUUCAGUAAGUUUGAAAACAAACAAAAGAAGUUAGAAGAUAAUUUAAAGAGAAAUGGUGGUAAACCAAGAAUAUCUUUUAAACCUUUACUUAUUUUUUUAGCUGCAUCCAUUGGAUUACCAUAUUUAUUAAGUAAAGCCAUACAAAAAAUCAACGAACAACAACAAAGAAGAUCAUUAACUCAACAAUCGCAACAAUCAUCAUCCAUUAAUCCAUCAAAUUUACAAUUUGCCAAAGCUAUUUAUGAUUUUAAUUCUGAAAAUCCUAAUAUUGAAAUUGAUUUGAAAAAAGGUGAUUUAGUAGCAAUUUUAUCAAAAUUAGAUCCUUUAGGCAAUGAAAGUAAAUGGUGGAAAGUGAGAUCAAGAACUGGUAAAAUUGGCUACGUACCUUCAAAUUUCUUAUCAUUGAUUGAGAGGAAACAAACAUUGGAAAUACCACUAACACCUUCAAUUCCUCCUCAGCAACAACCUCAAGAAUUAGUUGAAGAAUUUAAGAAAUUCAAUUAA